CCCUCUUUCACAAAAUUAUUAUUAUCAUCGUCAUCUUCAUUGUCUUUGCCAAAAAUUGCAAGCUCCCAAAUGAAUAAUCAAAACUUGCUCUUCUUCCCCCAAUUCAUAAACCUCUAUGUUCUCAUUGUCUUUCUCUUGUCAGAAACCUCAUUUGCUGUGGACUCUCACUACCAAAACUGCAGUGUGCCCAAGACUUGUGGCAGCCAAAAGAUAAGCUUUCCGUUUUACAUCCUAGGACAGCAAGAAGCCUACUGCGGCUUUCCCGGGUUUCAACUCAACUGCAGUAGUAAUGAAGAAGAUGGAUACCCUACUCUCCAAUUGGCUGGAAAUGAGUACUUAGUCCACAAUAUUAGUUACCAAAACCAAACUCUUCUCGUCUCAAACGCUGCUCUUUCAAACUCAAACAAAGCUGUUUGUAUUCCAUUAGUCCAAAACUUAACUUUUCCUACUGAUCAGUAUGACCUUGUUCCGAAACAAAAAGAAAUCGUUUUGCUGUAUAACUGCAGCUCUGCUUUGGUAGAUGAGUCAUUUUCGGAGUACAAAAUCGGUAGCUGUGAUCCAACGCUGACCAGUAGGACUUCAGUUCUGGCGCUGCCUGGGGAUAAACACCAACUGUUUGCAAAUGUGUCUGACAAGUGUGGAAGAGAAGUGGUGGUAACUCCGGUUGAAGAUUAUGGCACUAAUAUUGAGUUGGGUAUUGAAGAGGUAUUGAGCAGAGGGUUUAUGCUCAAAUGGUUUGCAAGCAACUGCAGCCGCUGCGAGGACAGUGGAGGCAAGUGUGGCUUCAGUUCCGAGACGUAUCAUUUCAGCUGUUUCUGCCCAGAUAGGCCUCAUGCUGUCAGCUGUAGACCUAAAGGAUAUGAGAAAUUGAUACUGAAGCUCAUAAUAGGUGCGGUGGCUGGUUCUCUGGCUGCAGUGAUUAUCUUUUGUUGCUUCCUUUGGAAGAAGAAAAACCAGAGUCGUCAAAUGCUGGAGGCCUUUCUAAGGAACUACGGGCCAUUUCAAGUUAAAAGAUUCAGUUAUUCGGAUGUCAAAAAAAUGACCAACUCAUUCAAGGAAAAGUUGGGGCAAGGGGGCUAUGGUGAUGUUUACAAAGGAGAGUUAAAAGAUGGCCGUCUUGUAGCAGUGAAGAUGUUGAACAGAUCAAAAGGUGAUGGAGAAGACUUUAUGAACGAAGUCGCUGCCAUUAGUAGAACUUCACAUGUCAACAUUGUCAGCUUGUUGGGAUUUUGUUUCGAGUGUUCAAAAAGAGCUCUCAUCUAUGAAUUCAUGCCUAAUGGAUCUCUUGAGAAGUUCAUAUUUGAUGCAAAUAACCCCCAAAAAGAUCAUCAUUUGGGAUGGGAAGCAUUAUAUGUAAUUUCACUUGGCAUUGCUCGAGGACUGGAGUAUUUACAUCGUGGAUGCAACACAAGAAUUUUGCAUUUUGACAUUAAGCCUCAUAAUAUUCUUCUUGAUGAGAACUUGUCCCCAAAAAUCUCUGAUUUCGGCCUUGCAAAAAUAUGUGACAGAAAAGAGAGUAUUGUUUCAAUGGUGUGCGCAAGAGGUACUGCUGGAUAUAUUGCUCCUGAAGUGUUCUGUAGAAAUUUUGGAGGGGUCUCGCAUAAAUCAGAUGUGUAUAGUUAUGGAAUGAUGCUUUCCGAGAUGGUUGGGGGAAGAAGGAAUAUCAAUACUGAAGUUGAAAAUACUAGUGAGAUAUAUUUUCCUCAUUGGAUUUACAAGCGCCUAGAAUUGGAUGAAGAACUUGGUCUGCAAAGCAUCAUGAAUGAGGAUGACAAAGUAAGAGCGAGGAAGAUGAUAAUAGUGAGCUUAUGGUGCAUACAAACCGACCCUUCAACCCGACCUGCGAUGAAACAAGUCAUAGAAAUGCUGGAAGGGAGUGUUGAUUGUUUGCAGAUACCACCAAAGCCUUACUUGUCUUCUCCUCCAAAUCCCUAGCAGAAUCAGCACAUUCUUCUUCUACUCUGGUAUCACUACAAUAGAACUCUGUAUUUAAUUUACUUGUGUUUCAAGGGAACCUUAAAGGGCUGAUCCAUAGAGAUCAAGGUAAUAUGUG